AAAAUACAUCAUUUAUUCACAGUGCAUCUGUCUUCUGGGGAAAAGAUCACUUUCCUUGAUACUCCUGGGCAUGCAGCUUUUUCAGCCAUGCGAGCAAGAGGUACAUAUGUGACUGACAUCAUCAUCCUGGUUGUAGCAGCAGAGGAUGGAGUGAUGCAGCAAACUAUAGAAUCCAUUGAACACGCUAAAAAUGCAGGAGUUCCUCUCGUCCUCGCCAUUAACAAGUGUGACAAACCUGAAGCUGAUCCUGAAAGAGUGAAGAAGGAAUUGCUGGCUCAUGAUGUGGUCUGUGAGGAGUUUGGAGGUGAUGUUCAGGCUGUAAAUAUUUCUGCACUCAAGGGUGACAACUUGACAAUUUUGGCAGAAGCAACUGUUGCUUUGGCUGAGAUGUUAGAACUGAAGGCAGAUUACACAGGUCUGGUAGAGGGGACAAUCAUUGAGUCUCGCAAAGACAAAGGGAAAGGUCCAGUUACCACAGCCAUCAUCCAAAGAGGAACUCUGAGGAAAGGCUGUGUUCUGGUUGCAGGGAAGACCUGGGCAAAGGUGCGUUUCAUGUUUGAUGAGAAUGGCAAAGCUGUGGAUGCAGCCUCUCCCAGCAUCCCAGUGGAAAUCAUGGGCUGGAAGGAAGUCCCUUCAGCAGGAGAUGAAAUCCUUGAAGUGGAAUCUGAGCAAAGGGCACACGAAGUUGUGGCCUGGAGAACAUACGUUGAACAACAAGAGAAGAUGAAAAAGGACGGAGAAGUUAUUGAAGUAAAGCAAAAGGAACACAGAAUGGAAUAUGAGAAGAAGCAACAGAAUUUAGCCCAUUUGACCUGGAGACAGAGAAAGGCAGCCCUGUACAAGGCCAGCAAGCAUCUCAUGCUCUUAAAACCAAAAGAGAGAGCAGAAACGGACAAAAAUGUGCUGUCCAUAAUCAUUAAAGGUGAUGUGGAUGGAUCUGUGGAAGCUAUUCUGAAUGUUCUGGACAGCUAUGAUGCAGAUGAUGAGUGUAAAUUGGAUGUCGUUCAUUUUGGAAUGGGAGAUAUCAGUGAAACUGAUCUAAACCUUGCUGAAACAUUUAAUGGUGUUGUUUAUGGAUUCAGUGUGAAAGCAAAUGAAACUAUUAAAAAGAUGGCUGCAAAAAAGGGAAUAAAAAUUAAACUUCACAACAUCAUCUACAAACUUAUUGAGGAUUUGAAAGAUGAGCUGAGUAGCAGACUACCCCCAUCCGUGGUGGAAAACACAAUAGGGGAAGCUUCUGUUCUUGACAUCUUCUCUGUAACAGUGGGAAAAAGCAAAGUUCCAGUAGCUGGGUGCAGAGUACAGAAAGGGCAGCUGGACAAGAAGAUGAAAUUUAAGUUAAUCCGUAAAGGGAAUGUUAUUUGGAAAGGAUCUCUAUCAUCACUGAAACAUCAUAAAGAUGAUGUCCAGGUAAUAAAAACAGGUAUGGAUUGUGGAUUAAGUUUGGACAAGCAUGUGGAAUUCAAUAUUGGAGAUGAAAUCAUCUGUUACGAAGAAAAAGAAAUUCAACAGACAACUUCCUGGAAUCCAGGGUUUUAAAACACAGUUGGAUACCUAACACUAAAGGUCAUGUCCUGUUCCUGCCUUGAACUCUUUUAACAUUAAAUGAACUUAAUUAUGGAAAAAACUCA